CACCCCCCCCCCCCAAUGGCAGGGGGUUCCCCCCUCCCAUACCCCUCCUUUCCGGCCUCAAAACACCCCACAGAAAGGUCUAGAUCCGCCACUGUUGUGAGCCUGCAAAUUAAGUUGUAGGACAUACAUGUAAAUAAAAUAGAAAAACCUACACAGUUUAAUUUCUUUUUAGAUUGCGAUACUUUUGUAACUCUAUUCAAUAUUACAUGUAUUUUAUCAUAAUCACAUGUUUUUGCUAAUUCAGGAAGUUUCCAUGGUGAAGUCGUGGUUUUGGUUUAAUUUGACGCCCUUGUACAUCCGAUGUAUAAAACCAAGUCUGUGGAGAUUAUCUUUAGUAACCUUUGUAAAUUUUUGUAGAGUUUGAAGGUAAUUUUCUGAAUAACAAUAAAUUAAUCUAAAGGUAAUUAUUUACACUAAGCAUACAUAUGGAUUCAAGGAUUAAAUAUUAACCUCGUAAACCUUUACUUUAUUAGCUCAAAUAAUAAUGCCUUCGGACAAUAUUUAUAAGACAGUCAUAUUCCAAAAUCAAUGGAUCAUUUGUGGAAAUGAGAUUGUAUUCGCUGUUUGUUCCAUCACCACAGUUACCGCUACACGGCCGCAGUGACAGGAGCGAGUAAUGGAAGCUGACUCGCUCCUCCUCUACUUCUGAUAAUUUUUGAAAAGUGAAUUGUAAAUUUUUGAAAAUAAUAACCAAGACAUGGAUUUAUCGUUUAUUGACCCCAAGACCAAUGAAUCUGUUUUUACUUUCUUUUCGGAAUUCAACAGAACUUGGUCAGGACAAUCCGGAAUAGAAGCUACAAUACUCAUUAUCAUCCUCGUCGUAGCGGUGGCAGGCAAUACAAUGGUAGUGUGGGCAGUUUUCAAAAACAAGAAGAUGAGACGACCAACAAAUUAUUUUAUUGUGAAUCUUGCAGUUGCUGAUCUGCUAUUCGCAGCUUGGAUUCCAUUUAUUCUCAUCACACGGAUAACCCACCAGUGGGUAUUCGGUCACGCAAUUUGUAAACUGGUGACCUACGUACAAUUUGUCUGCGGAACCAGUUCUAUUUUAACGAUGAUGAUGAUCAGCAUAGAGAGACAUAAUUAUGUUUGUUCACUCCCCGACAAAAGAAUCACACUGAAUAUCUCUGUAAUUCUUAUAGUCAUUAUCUGGAUUUUCUCGGUGGCUUUUCCGGUACCCGUUGCCAUUGCUCAAUCAGAGAUGACUUUCAGACUCAAUAACUUAACCUACACAUUCUGCGGUUUGUCGUGGCCAGAAUCGUUUCACGUCAACAUUUAUCUCGGGUGUAUGGUGUGUUUAUUUUUUGUUCUACCUCUUGCCGUCAUUUUAUACAAUUACAUCAAAAUUUUCAGAGUCAUGAAAUCUGCCUCUACCCGAACAAGAAAUGUGCGAGCGGACAAGCGGGCCGAAAAACAAGUGCGCCUGACUAAAAUGUUCAUAGCCAUAGUGUGCAUUUUUGUUCUGAUGUGGUUGCCGUUUUUUGUCGUCAGUUUUCUGGCUGUCUACCUCAAACAAAUAACAUCCACCCAAUUCACGGUCACCAUCAUCCUCGCAUCGGCCAAUACAAGCCAGAACCCCUUCAUAUACGGGUUCUUUAACACAAAGUUUCAGCGCGAAUUUCGAAAUAUGUGCAGUUGUUUUAUUGAGCAUUAUGAUUCGUCCACCACGUACAAAAUUGACCGGGACGAUGGUACUAUCAAUGGAACUUUUUCAAGUUCUAAGUAGUCAGAGCAUUGUUCCCGUUUAUAUUAUUAAAGUAUUCGAUUCUGUGCCACGAGCUGUACGAUGUAAAUAAAUGCAGGUACAAUGUA